UCGUUGUUAUUAUGUUUUUUUUUAUACUCUUUGAUUCAAAGUAUGGAUAUAACUAAAAAUAUCCAUAUGUUAUUACUUUAGAUACAAAUUUAUAGUUGUAAAUUGAUGCAGUCAUUGAUUUAAAAGAAUAAUAAAAAAGGAUAUUUUGAAGGAAAUUGUUAAUUAAGAAAUUGUGUAAACAGCCAACAGAUAUUUUUAAAUUUAUGUGUCGAUCAUUAAAUUACAAGUCAUAAAUCUACUAUCAACUAUGUAGUUACGUAGUAAAUUAAUCGUAGCUAGUUCGGCUUCUGAUACCAUGUCGGUUCCUAAAUAUCAACAGCUGUCGGUCAAUUCUGAUCUGGAUGAAAGCAUAUUGGAAAGCAAACCUAGAGGAAAAUGGUCUGAUGUGUGUUUCCAAAAGGGGCUUCUGUCUCUGGGUUUGAUUUUAUUAUAUUUUUCUUUAUCAAUCGGCCUUACUUUUUAUCAGAGAUGGCUUUUAAAGGAUUUUCAUUUUCCCCUUACAGUUGUUAUGUAUCACUUAAUAGUAAAGUGGCUUUUGUCUGUGUGUGUCCGUUUUGUGGUGGGAAUCAUUACUGGUCAACCACAACUUGUUCUUCCAUUUAUCACCUGCCUAAGAUCUGUAGGCCCUACAGGCCUAGCAAGUGGGAUUGAUGUUGGAUUUUCUAAUUGGGCUCUGGAGCUAGUUACCAUAUCUCUAUAUACAAUGACAAAGUCAACUACUAUAAUUUUUAUUCUUGGAUUUGCUAUACUGCUAGGUCUUGAAAAGAAGUCAUGGUCAUUAGUUGGGAUCGUACUAACAAUUGCAACUGGACUCAUCAUGUUUACAUACAAUGCAACACAAUUUAACUUGAUGGGUUUUGAUUUUCUGCUCCUCGCAUCAUUUGCUGGGGGUCUCCGUUGGACAUUUGCUCAGCUCCUUAUGCAGAAAUCUAAACUUGGCUUACAUAACCCAGUAGAUAUGGUAUUUCAUGUUCAACCCUGGAUGUUCUUUUCUCUACUUCCAUUUAUGCUUGCUUUUGAAGGAUUCAAGUGUUUUGAAAAAGUAAUUGCGCUGGCACCCGGAGAAUUGUUCCCAACUGUACUUAAAGUCACAGUUGGAGCAACCAUAGCAUUUGCAAUGGAAAUUAGUGAAUUUCUUGUUGUAACAUACACAUCUAGUCUAACUCUAUCAAUUGCUGGUAUAUUUAAGGAAUUGUGUAUUCUAGUCUUAGCUGUAGAAGUAAGUGGCGAUCAACUAAGCCCCAUAAAUGUUGUUGGUUUGGUUGUCUGCUUGAUGGGCAUCAGUGGACAUAUAAUACACAAGGUUUUGGUAAUUAAAAGAGUCGCUGGUACAGUUUGCAUAUUAGAAGAUGAUGAUUUUGUAAAUAUCGGCAAGACUAGAGCACCUAAGGCGAAAGAAAGGAGUGAACCAUUGUUAGAAAAUCAGAAAUGGCAAGAGGCAAGCGAUGAAAGUGAUAUAGACAGUAGUCUGGUCAUAUAUGAAAUUAUGCAGAGGCGGGAUGGUAGCUAAAAAGAUCACAGGUGAAUCGUUUACAAAUAAUAUUUAUUCCCACUGGCAAUGAAACUAUUUUUAGUGUUGUAGAUUGUAUAUAAAGCAUAUUAUACCAUGAAGACAAUAUUUUUAAUAUGAUUGUAUAUUGAAAGCCCCUAAUAAAGUAUCUCCAUCAAACUAUGAAUAAGGAUUGCCUUUUACAAUAUUAAUUUAUUGUUGGUUGCCUUAAGAGUGACAUAUUUUUUUAUAAGUCGAAGCAUUUACAAAGACUUCAUUAAAUAAAAUAUCAAAGUUAACAGUUUCUCGCAUCUAGUCUAGGCCAAGAAACAGAGUAUUAUAUUAAAGCAUAUGCUUUUAAUGUGCUAUGUACUUUAACUUCAAAUCAUUCCAAUUUAUAGUAGGUAAUAAAACAGUAUUGUUUUACUUAAUGUAUUGUUUAUUUAUUUGUUUAGUUAUUUAGUGUGGUUCGAAAGCAUUGUGGCAAAUAAGACUGUAUUCCACUUUUAUCCACAGCCUUUAUGUGAGUUUAAUAAUUAGAUAAAGAUAGUCUACACUUUAUUCUUGCCUUUAGACUGGGUUUCCUAAUCUAAACAUUUGCAAAAAAAAAACAAUAUACCUGUUGCCAACUAAAAGCUGACACGAACAAACACAUUCUUGCAUUUAUAGGUUGUAUGGAUAAGAAAAUAAAGAGUAAUAAAUAGUGAUACAUCGCGUAACAAUUUAUAAAUUACAUUUUUAAUUUAUUUGUCCACGAACUUUUUACUAUAAAUUAAUAAUCAUGAAGUAUGCCCUCGGUUUCCGAAACCUAAUAAUUCCCUAUUACUAAAUAUUUUUUCUUUCUAUUAUGUAUAAAUUUGUUAUUAAUUUUAAGUUACAGGGUAUCGACACAUUCUUAUGUAUUAGUUUAGAUUUAACGCAGAUUUAAUUCAUACAGUUUUGUAUUUAUAGUGUUGUUUUUUAGUUGUAUAAAACCCUAUAAGGGAGUAUAUCAUUCGAUUCUGGUGAGGUGAAAGCAUAAUUUUUUGAAAUACGCUUAUCACCGCCGGCAUAAAAGUGGCGUCUAAAAUAACAUAUUUGGCAUUUAUAAUAGGAUGGUAGGAUUGAUUGUCGGGUCAUAAAAUAAGAAAUUCGCGCACAUUUAAGUGGUUUUCCGGGUUUUCAAGCUAUUUUUAAACACCCAGAAGGAAAAAUAUUUUACAAAAAAUAUCUUUUGCUAUUUGUAACCAUAUUUUGUAACAAAAACUUUUUGUAUUUGCUUUCAUUGCUACGUUGCUUACUAACAGCCACACUAUAAGGCUCUCAUAAAACAAUAAUUACUUAAAUAUAUUAGUGGACCUUAACUUUUAUUUUAUUGUACUUGUUAAACGUUAAUCCACGAUGACUUCCAGUAACAGUAGAGUAUACUUAACUUGCCUCCAAAGUAGACGGCUAGCUGUCAAUAAAACGAAACCCUUUAAGAAUUGCGUUCGUAAAAAGGUAUUACUUUUUUCAAAAAAAAAAAAAUUCAGCAAAUGGCUUAUACUUAUCGGUUAGAUUAAAUAUACACUAAACAUGUUUUAUAAUGUUUGAUAACAAUUUUGUAUACAAUUUAAUGUAGUGAUAUAUACGAUAUACUUGUGGGUCUUACAGCGGUCCUUCACUGGAUUAAUUUGCCGGCAAAACUUAAUUGGCCCAAGAGAUUCACCACUCAGUGGAAACGGUGAAUUUCGAGCCAUUUUCUAUUACGUACUGAUACAGAUGAACUGCCCUCAAAAAGCCAUGGUAGGGACCGCCUUAAAAUCCUUAUCACGUUGUAAAAGCGAAUCAAUUAUAUUAAAUUUAAUAUACAUGA